CUGGAUAAUGGAUUAACGCAUCAGACAGAUAGCAAAAAACGCACUGCAUACUAUGAACUCCAGAUGUCAAUGUAUUGGAAGAAAACACCCACCCACCCACGAUGGAAUGACUCACAGUUUAAAGUAGUUGAAUAAGCAAGCGCCGGUGCGGACGGGAAGAUUCUGCGUGGGGUAUUUAACUUCUUUCUGGUACUUAGAACUCUCGCAACUGUGUUUUUUAUGGGGAAGAGAAGUGUUGAGCACGAACCGCCAUACGGACUGACAGUUGCUGCGCGAGGCGCUGGUGCCAGAUAUGGAUAGCGCGCGGGAUACCUCUGGACGCUGAUGCGCAUCUUCAUAAAGUGCGACACUUCGAGACUGACGAGGCCUAAAACUUCAUUUGUCCAGUGUCAAGGUUGCUGACAAACGGAGGUAGAGCAGGAGGAAGCCGCUUCUUCCAAGCCAACAAGCUCAUUUAGGGAGAAUAGUUUAAGAAAAGCCUCCAAAGUACUUUUACAAAUCUUCACAGGAAGCUUUGAAGUAGAGAAGAUGCGUCAAGAGGUCGCGAGGAGAUUUCACAUGCUGCUCGUGAUUUGGUCGAUACUUCUCGUUAGUUUGGGGACCGGGUUUCCUACCAGACACAAGAAUGCUGCCCACAAGGGUCAUGGCCAUCCGAUUCACAGCUCUGGGGUCCAAUAUGUCCCUGAGGCUUUGGAGCAGCAGAACCAGGUCCAGAGUCUCCUGCCUGAGCCCCACAGCCACCAGAGAAGGUGGUCUCACCCCCAGCAUCGCUCUGUUGGUGUUCUUCCACAGCCUGAGCCCGAGGAGGAGACAAAACCAUUCAUCCUGGAUCUCAAGAACUUUCCAGACCUGGCCAAUGCUGACAUCAACUCACAGAACCCCAACAUACAGGUAACCAUUGAAGUGGUGGACGACCCCCAGAUGGAAGUAGAGAUGGAUCUGGCCAAGGAAAAAGAAUGGCUACCCUCCUCUUCCUCCUCACCCUCUUCCACAGUGGAUUGGCUCGGAGGCAAGAAGCUUUUCUGGCCUCUUUUCUGGAGUUACACCGACGCCGACUCCAGCGAGGACAGCAACAGCCGGUCAGGCGUGGAUGAAACUGGCGAGGAAGAGGAAGAGGAGGAGGAGGAGGAUUACUCUUUGGAUUACGGCAGCGAAGAACCCUUACCCAGCGGAGUGGGCGGAGACUGGGAUACACGUUGGAACGAAGGCUGGGAUCCAAUGCAGAGCUACUAUGAGAAGGAAACAGAUGAGUGGACUCCCUGGUCUCCCUGUUCAGUGACAUGUGGAAACGGUGAGAGGAAGAGGACCAAGUCCUGUGGCUACUCCUGCACUCUGACAGAAGCCUCUAAGUGUGACCUGGAGCCUUGUCCUGGUGAUGUCAACACAGUGGUAGAGCCUUUCCCUUUCGAGAUGGAGAAUGGCACAGAACCAUUUGGGACAGAUGUGGACAGCUGUGAGAAGUGGCUCAACUGUAAGAGUGAGUUCCUCCAGAGGUACCUCCACCAGGUGUUGUCUGAGCUGCCCAGCUGCCCCUGCUCCUUCCCCUCUGAAGUGGCGUACACUGUGGUCAGCGUCUACGAUGAGAAUCAUGGCCGGCAGUUCCGCUGGCGUGAUGCCAGUGGCCCCAAGGAGCGCAUGGACAUCUACAAGCCAUCAGCGCGUAGCUGUAUUCGCUCUGCACUUUCCAGCGACUCAUCUACUCUUGCAGCGCAGCACUGUUGUUACGGCGAUCGUGGGCGGCUGAUCACGCGGGGGAAAGGCGCAGGCACGCCUAACCUGAUCAGCACGGAGUUCUCACCUGAGCUGCACUUCAAAGUGGACGUGCUGCCUUGGAUCCUGUGCAAGGGAGACUGGAGUCGCUUCCAUGCGGUGCGGCCACCAAAUAAUGGAUUGAGCUGCCCAGAAAACCCCCAUGAAGAUGUGUUCAUGAAUGAACUGGAAGAGGCCAGGGAGUACUGAGGGACCACAGCCAAAACUACCACUUCACUCAGAGAGUCAGAGGGCCCAAUCCUAAUUUGAAAGGAGACUGCCUACUUUAAAAGUCAUGAAAUAUUACAUCUAAACCAUGCAUCAUGCAUUCACCAUGCAUUGACUCAGAGGAAAUGCACAUUUGUGAUUGGGAGAUAUGUGGGGUUUAGGUAUGACGGUGAAGUGUGGCUGUCUCAAGUUAGGAUUUGGCACAGUGUCCUGAUAUCAGGCUCAAUGGAACUGAGCAGAAUUACAAGAAUGGAAAAUAAAAUGCAGUGUUAUCCCAUCGCUUGCCAACCUGUUCUACAUUUGGCAUAACAUCAAGCUCUCUCUCUCUCCUUAUAUUCACUGCACUCUCCUGGGUGUGUGUUUGCAUGAUGUCUACCUACUGGCUUUUUUUUGAUAAUGUCCUGGAGUGCUUGUGAUUGACAAUUAGCAACAAUUGGUAAACAUCCUGAUCAUGCUUCUUGUAGGUUUUACUUUAGGAAAUGUAUGAAUGUGGGUUGGCUAUAGUUGAUGAAACUAACAGAUGCAUGGGAAGAGUCCAACAGAUGAAUAUCCCAACUAUGCUGCUACAAUAUGAAAUCCAUCAGGUUUUUACAAAGCUAUUAAGGGGAACUAGACAACGGGACAUCAGUAAACCCAAAAGAUCCCACAUGCAUUCACAGUAAUGUACAUUUCAGCCAUUCUUUUGGGACACUAAAUUAUGAGAAAAGCCCAGUCGCAGUAACGGUACGAGAACAUUUCAAAUGUUUUGUCACACAGAUUGUUUUCAUUCGUUUCCUUACAAUUUCACAGCUGGGAAGAUAUAUGAUCUGGGUGCCAAAGAGUUAAAAAUCAGACUUUUGGUGCCUGUGUAAAUGUAGCCUCCUAAGUCUCUACGGUGCAAAUGUAGGAACACAUUUAGUUCUACAGUGAUUGCGCUCAUCUCUACAAUGUUCUCAGGGGGACUAACUGACCAUGAUAAACACAUUUGUUCAUUUACCUCGACAGCGGUAAGUGUAAUAGGAUAAAAAAUUAGUAGGAGGGUAUCGGAUGUCUAAUCCAGAUUGUAAUUGAUGAACAGAUAAUGCUUUUUGUGCAGUUUCAGAAAGCAGUUGGAACCCUUAUAAUUGAAUAGCUGUUGAUGCAUUGUGUGUGAUAGAAAGAUGUCAUUGCUGCUUAAGCUGUUGGCUUAGGGUCUUUGGGUUUAUGUACAGAACUUGAUUGGAUAGAAAGGACAUUCCUACAAAAAUAAACAUUCCUGAGAGGUCAUGCAAUUGGAGCCUUUAUCUGGGCUAAAAUAGAGUACAGGUAAAGGCCACAAGGAAGUAGUCACCAUAAGGUAUAAUGUGGAUUAAUUAUCAGAAUAGUCUUUAGCCUUGCAGCAGUAGCUGUGUUAAAACUCUGCACCUCACUCAAAAUACAGUGGCAGUAAUCUUAAAUGUAUUAAGAAAUACCUUAAAACUCCAGGAAUUGCCCUUUCUAUCCACUCUAUUUCUAUGGAUGUUCGCUCCAAACCUUUUUUCAGGACGUCUGCUUCCAGAUGUGUACAUGCAAACAUGCAUUUACAUUUUGGAAUCACCGAUUUUAAGGGAAGGCACUUUAUUUAAGAUAUUUUUAAAUAUAUAUAUAGAUAUACAUAUAAAUAAAUAUAUAUAUAUAUAUAUAUAUAUAUAUAUAAAAGAUAUAUCAAAAUGUACUCAUGUUUGCCAUUUGUUGAUGAUAGUGUUAUUGUGAAGGGAAACUCGCCAGAAAUGCUGCAUUGUUCUCUGAAAGUGCAUAUAUUAAGUGUUCUGUUGAGGAAAGCAUGAUCUUUUUUGUGAUUUCUGAAUCUAGUAUUACAUAUAUGGUGUUGUACAGUAUUUAUUUGUCUGUUCUCUCUUUUUUUAAGUUUGCUGAAGCUUUGAAAUGUCUCUAUACUCAACAUGGUGCACUAAUCUGACUGAGAAAUGAAGGCACCCAUUGUCAAAAGGGAAACCCACUUGCCUCAUAUCACUUCAUACAGCAACAUCAAGUGUCUGUGUUUCAUUUUGCUUUGUACUGCAGUGCUCUAUGAAUAUGUCGUUGCAAUUACGCUGGAGAAAUAUAUAAAGACCUUGCAUUCAU